AUGGCUCACGAAAACGUCUGGUUCUCUCACCCAAGAAGAUACGGUAAAGGUUCUCGUCAAUGUCGUGUCUGUGCUUCUCACUCUGGUUUAAUCAGAAAGUACGACUUGAACAUCUGUCGUCAAUGUUUCAGAGAAAAGGCUAGUGACAUCGGUUUCCACAAGUACCGUUAA